AUGUCCCAACCCCUAUUCGGACUUGUGCCCGCGGGCCAACCCGUGCUGGUCACCCCGACCGAGACCCCGACGCCAACAACCUUCCUCUUCGCCAUCCCCCCCGCGCCACAGCAGCCCGGCACCACCACUGCGGCAACAAAGCCCUUCACCCACAUCACAGUCUUCCUCCUCCCGGGCGUCGUCCUCCCCGCCGGCUCCGCAGCCGCCAUCUACCUGAUCACGCCGCCGUCCGGGCCCAGCCAGACGCAACCCAAUUAUAAGUUCCUGGGCGGCAUCGGCCCGGGCAAGGAGAGCGCCAUCUUCAAGAUUAACAACCCCUCCUCAUCCUCACCGAUGGUGACAAGUAACAGCAGCAGCACCAGCAACGUGGCGAUCGGUAUCUCGGUCGAGGCGGCCGAGUCCGUGGCCGCGAGGAUAGCAGAGCUCAGCAGCAGCAGCACCAGCAGCAGUACCAACAGCAACAGUGCAAGUGGUACCAGCACUGCCUUGGUUCCCGCAAGACAACCUCCGAGCACGCUGGUGCUGGCGCAGCGCAUCAUCAAGAACGCCUUCAACUUCCUGGCUUCGUUCAGCGGCACCGCGGGCCAGGUCGAGGUGGUGCCGCUCAAGGCGUUUGAGGACUGGUGGCGCAAGUUUGAGAGCCGCGUGCGGAGCGACCCGGGAUUCUUGGAGAGGGAUGACUGA